AUAGGGGGCAACGUCACAAUACCUUUUGGAAUAGACGGACUUCACCCACCGAACCACAGAGUUUCUAAACCCGAAACAGGAAGUAGGAAGUAGCAAAUAACUUUACAGCUGGCUAGCGAUCUAUACAGUGGAUGUGUUAAAAUCAUUUUUGGAUUGACCCCCAAAAAAUUACGUUCUCGUCAGCUAGCCUGCGUCAUUGGAUCAGCCAUGGGAAAGGGUGGUGGUACAUUUGAGAGGCUUCUUGAUAAAGCAACCAGUCAGCUGCUGCUGGAGACAGACUGGGAGUCCAUCCUGCAGAUCUGUGAUCUCAUUCGUCAAGGAGACACACAGGCGAAGUAUGCCAUCGGAGCCAUUAAGAAGAAGCUAAUGGAUAAGAACCCGCAUGUGGCCCUUUAUGGUCUUGAGGUGUUGGAGUCAGUAGUGAAGAACUGUGGUCAGACGGUCCAUGAUGAGGUGGCCUGUAAAACCACCAUGGAGGAGCUGAAGGAUCUACUGAAGACGGAGCCCAACGUGAGGAAUAAGAUCCUUUACCUGAUCCAGGCCUGGGCCCACGCCUUCCGCAACGAGCCCAAAUACAAGGUGGUUCAGGACACGUACCAGAUCAUGAAGGUGGAGGGUCACGUGUUUCCAGAGUUCAAGGAGAGUGACGCCAUGUUUGCUGCAGAGAGAGCUCCAGAUUGGGUGGAUGCGGAGGAGUGUCAUCGCUGCCGGGUGCAGUUUGGAGUGAUGACUAGAAAGCACCACUGUAGAGCCUGUGGUCAGAUCUUCUGUGGGAAGUGUUCCUCCAAGUACUCCACCAUCCCCAAGUUUGGCAUCGAGAAGGAAGUGCGUGUGUGUGAGCCCUGCCACGAGCUGCUCAACAAGAAAGCUGAAGGGGGUAAACCGGUCGGGACAUCCACGUCCGUGACCCCAGGCCCGGCAGAGCUGCCCCCAGAGUACCUGACCAGCCCCCUGUCCCAGCAGUCUCAGGUAGUGGUCCAGGAAACAGUGCCCCCCAAACGGGACGAGGCGGCCCUGCAGGAGGAGGAGGAGCUUCAGCUGGCCAUCGCCCUAUCACAGAGCGAGGCUGAGGAGAAGGAGAGGAUGAGACAGAAGAACUCGUACGGGGUCUACCCCAAAGCUGACCCCGCCCCAGUCACCUCCUCAGCCCCGCCCGUCAACUCACUCUACUCCUCUCCUGUGAACUCCUCUGCUCCCUCAGCUGAAGAUGUCGACCCUGAGCUGGCUCGAUACCUGAACAGAACGUACUGGGAGAAGAAACAGGAAGAGGCACGUAAGAGUCCCACCCCAUCUGCCCCUGCCCCCGUACCAUUGGCUACUGAGCCCCUGCCAAUCAGCCAGCCCCAGCCAGUGGAAACGGUCGCACCACUCCCAGCACAAGUCGUCAUGGCCCCGCCUCCAGUCAACAUAGUGGAGCAGCAGUAUCAGAACGGUGAGUCGGAGGAGAACCACGAUGCGUUCCUGAAGGCUCUGCAGAACGCGGUCACCACCUUCCUGAACCGUAUGAAGAGUAACCACAUGCGCGGUCGCAGCAUCACCAACGACAGCGCUGUGCUCUCCCUCUUCCAGUCCAUCAACACCAUGCACCCCCAGCUACUGGACAUCCUCAAUCAGCUGGACGAGAAGAGACUGUACUACGAGGGUCUGCAGGACAAGCUGGCCCAGGUGCGUGACGCGAGAGCCGCCCUGAACGCCCUACGAGACGAACACAGAGAGAAGCUGCGUCGUGCUGCCGAGGAGGCGGAGAGACAGAGACAGAUCCAGCUGGCCCAGAAACUAGAGAUCAUGAGACAGAAGAAACAGGAGUACCUAGAGAUGCAGCGUCAGCUGGCCAUCCAGCGACUCCAGGAGCAGGAGAAGGAGAGACAGAUGAGGCUGGAGCAACAGAAACACACCAUCCAGAUGAGAGCCCAGAUGCCUGCCUUCCCCAUGCCCUACCCACAGAUGCAGUCUUUGCCCCCCAACGUGGCAGGAGGGGUGGUGUACGGGCAGCCGGGGGGACCCCCCAGUUACCCAGGCACCUUUAGCCCCUCAGGGUCAGUGGAGGGGUCGCCCAUGCACAACGUCUACAUGAACCAGCCUGGACCAGGACAGUACCAGGCCAUGCCUCCAGACCCCAACAUGUACAUGUACCAGCCUGCAGGAACCAAUGGGCAGCCUGCACCCCCUGGCCAGGCCCUGCCCACUACUAGCCCCGCCUACUCUAACUACCAGCCCACACCCACACAGGGAUACCAGCAGAACGUGGUGUCCCAGGCCCAGUCUCUGCCCCCUAUGCCCCAGCCUCCCCCCACUAACGGUAUGUCCUACGUGGCCUACCCUCCACCCUACGCCAUGCAGAGUAUGAUGGCAGCCCUACCUGGGCAGGACCCCAACAUGCCCCCACAACAACCCUACAUGCAGGGCCCAGGACAACAGCCCAUGUACCAACAGAUGGCUCCCCCUGGUGGCCCCCAGCAGCAGGUUCAGCAGCAGCAGCCUCCGCAGGUCCAUCCAGGCAGCGAGGCACAGCUCAUUUCCUUCGACUGAUCCAUCCACCUGGCUAGCUCAGCUUAACGUUACCACCUGCUGCUGGCAGAGUUCAACACACUACACCCUCUCUCUCCUCUUCUGUCCUCACCUCUCUUCUCUCUCCUCUUCUGUCCUCACCUCUCUUCUCUCUCCUCUUCUGUCCUCACCUCUCUUCUCUCUCCUCUUCUGUCCUCACCUCUCUUCUCUCUCCUCUUCUGUCCUCACCUCUCUUGUCCUCUGUGUUCUCCUCUCUCCUCCUCUGUGUUCUCCUCUCUCCUCCUCUUCUGUCCUCACCUCUCUCCUCCUCUGUUCUCCUCUCUCUCUCUGCUGGGCUCGUGGCCUGGAUUCCCCAACAAACACACGUUUCUCACAAUGUUUCUGUUACGGCAAUGUUGUGAAAUAUUAUAGUUGUGUAACAGACAUGUUACCUCUCCUCCUAGCCAUCCUCUCUCCCCCAGCUGACAUGGAGGAUGAGAGGAGUGAGGAGGGGGUUAGGUAGUGUUACUAUGCACCAUGUGUACCCCAGGGUUGUAUUCACUAGGAACCUAGACGGGGAGGGACUACCUGAGCUUAUAAGAAACACUUACCCUUUUAAUGUGUUUUGCUACAGUGUUCUGUCCUCACCUCUCUCUGUCCUCACCUCUCUCUGUCCUCACCUCUCUCUGUCCUCACCUCUCUCUCUGUAUCUCUCUCUGUAUCUCUCUCUGUAUCUCUCUCUCUCUCUGAUAAUGUAUGUAGUCUUUCUCUUCUGAAACUAAUAUCUGAAGCUCAUCUAGUCAGUGGUAUAAUAAAGGAACAAAUCAAAUAUGACAGGAAUCAAUGGAAUCUAAGACCAUGACCAUCCUUUCUCAUAUUUAAAUAAGCUAGUUUGCAUGUUAAAGUCGUUAUUUCCAUGGACAUGUCAGGUGUUACAGCAGUAACUGUUCUGGGGUCAUAUUUGUGGUGAUUGGACAUGUUUCAUACUGCCUGCUUGGUUGACAGGGGCUGUGAGAGUUAAUGGAGAGAUGAGUGAAGGAAAGAUGUAGGACGGAGCACAGAAAAGCACCUCUAACAGGUCCCAGGGUUCUAGUGAGAGUGUCAGAGACACACAGAGCUCAUUUUAAAGUAUAGAUGGGCCGUCUUAUGUUGCCACGGCUUGGUAGUGUUUUUCACUACAGCUUUUUGAGUUGAUGAUUGAGAACAUGGGAGAAAGGACGUACCUUUUUUAUUAGGUUUUACACUUCUGAUAUCUUCUCACCAAUCAGACUGGCUGAGGGGAAACAGUAUGGGACUACAAUAGAACACUCACAUCCAGUGUGGAACUACAAUUCCCAAUAUUCACAGCUCCAGAGACCGAUUACCACCAUCACUCUCUCAAGGUGUCCCGUGUCACAACUGUUGACAUAAUGGGUCUCUCCCAACAACUCCAUUAAUUAACCAUAAUGCCUUGCAUCACACUCCAGGAGGAACUAGUGUGAAUAGAACUUAAGAUUACAAAUGUAGUGCCAUUGCCAAAUAUUAACUAGCAGUUAUCCAGAGGGUUGCAGUCAGGUCUAUAUGGCUGUUUACACAGGCAGUCCCAUUCUGAUCUUUUGACCAAUUAGUGGCAAAAGAUCUGACCUGAUUGGUCAGAAGAUCAAUUAGUGUCAAAACCACCAGAAUGGAUCUGCCUGUAGAAACACAGCCUAAGAGCGAGUAGAGAGACCCUCUGACUGGGUGUGUCCUAAAUAGCACUCUUUUUCCUAUAUAGUGCACUACUUUUGACAAAAGCCCUAUAGGUGUGUAUCUGUUGGGUGCUGAGAUGUUGACAGGGCUGAGUUGGAGUUAUCUGUAGAGGGGGACUCUACAUUAGAUGGGCAUCCAUUUUGUUUCUGGUGCUAGUUUCAGUAAAGUUCAGUUUAAUCACAAAACCAUUUCCUCAAUUCCUCGUUUCCUUUCCUUAGUUCUUCUCUAAUUCUUUGCCCGCUUCUGUCACAUGUUUUGAGGAGGAGAGAGAGAGAGGACGUAGGGGAGGGAAGGGAAAAUACCCUUUGAGAUCCACCCUUUCAGAGUGUCUUUCAGAGCCCUGUGGGCCGGGAGUGGAGAGGUGGUGGUAGUCAGUUCUUCAGGGUAUGUGCAUGUGCUGUACAUGUGAUGGGCAUGUGAUGUAACAUGUGAUGUGCAUGUGAUGUAACAUGUGAUGUAACAUCCACCCAAUCAGUGACUUCCUAUGUAACCCCCUUUGACGCCAUCUUUGAACUUCUUUACUUCACCAUUAAUGAUCUUCUUUCUGUCUGACUUCUUUAAAGUCAUUUUAAGAUUAUAUUGAAUAAAUAUCUUGUUCUUC